AGGAAAAUCAACUGGAGACACCCUCUUAUUUGAGAAAAAGUGAAAAUCUCUUCCCAUCUUCUCUAUAUAUUGAAUCCCACAGCACACUUUUCUUGUUCUAAAGCAACACACUCCUCUCUAAAUUAAACAUCUCUCCUUCUGUCUCCCUCUGAUCUCUCACUGAUCUGUCAUUCAUGGGGAAUGCGAUAUCACCUUGCUUGCAUCACAACUCAAGCUCGAAGUCACAGUCCGUGAAGCUAAUCUUUUGGGAAGGAACCACGAGGAUGUUAACCGGAAACCGCUCCCGAGUAGCUGGCGAUAUCAUGUUUGAGUGUCCCGACAUGAUGGUCUUGCAUGCGGACUCUUUCUUCCUCGGCCGCCAGAUCCCGCUGCUCGCCAUUGACGACGAGCUCAUCCGCGGUCAGACCUACUUUGUCCUUCCCAUCGACUUCUUCUCCUGCAACACCCUAUCUUCCUCCACGAUCGCAUCCCUAUGCUCGAAUCCUCGCAAACAGUCCCUCGUGAGCUUUGGCGGUAGCAACGGUCCUUUCGAGUAUGUCAAAAGCGGAGACGGGAAGGUCUUGAUUAAGGUUGUCCCAGAGUUCAUUACGAGGCUGAUUGCCGCCAAGAAUAAUAAGGACGACAUCGCAUGUGGUAAUGUUGACGCAGCUGGGAGUCGCGGUUUUCUUUGCAGCACACCGGAGUUGCAGAAGCAUUACGACCAGUUAGUAGGGUCUAGAGUGCAAGUUUGGUCGCCGAAAUUGGAGACGAUAUCGGAGUACAAAACUAGGGUUUUGCCUGGCAAACUUCUAAGGUUGGAGUGGAAGAAGAAAGAAAGGCAAUAGUUUACAAGUUCCUCUUUUUUUUCCUUUUCUACGCUAUGAUUAUAGUUUCCUGAUGUGGCUGAAGAGAAUGAAAGAGUAUAGCUGGUUAAUAGUUACAAGUAAAUACAGUCAUGUUAACCAAA